UUUCGCGCCGAGCAGUGGCCUGCGAGAAGGGGCGGGGAAAAGUAGAAUUAAAAUGGAAAAUGAGUUUGUUCGUGGUUUGGGCUCGAUUCGGGAGGACCAACCAUUCCCAGUCAGCCUGUGGCUUCUCCGCAGGUCUAGCUAAUACUAAGAAUACAUGGAACAAAAGCCAGGUGGUACGCUUAGGCACACUUAGCCGUGAGCUCAGUCACCAGAGCUGGGAGAUGAGGAGCCUUUGUGCAGACAGCAGGACUUCCAGGACAGGACUGUAUCAUUCCCGGCAUGCCACCUCCUGUAGGAGCUUGAGAUGCAAAGUAAAUCCUAAUCCCUGAGUCCAUGUUAUUCGAGGGCUGCAGUUCUUCGAAGAUGAGGUGGGUCAGUGCUGGCCUCUGCUGGGGACCAUGCUGCCACAGCAAGGUGAUUGACAUUUGAGCAGAAUGUUGCUGUUAGGGGUGUUCUUUGGGCCUCCCUGUUGAGUUUACUGAAGGUUCUCUAGAAACCUGUAAAUAGCUUCUCUGGCUACUUCUUGGCUGUCAAAGUAGUAAUGUUCUACGGAACUGGGCAUGCCCAUGUUUAAUUUGGUGGUCCUGUGGUCCACAUAUUUAUUGGAGGUCACUGAGAGGCCAGGAUGUCAGUGAGUACAUCCUGUCUACCAUGAAGACACUGAACAGGGAAGAAAUGCUGUGUGUGCCUCCACGAGCGUUUCUGUGGCCUGGUGACUGUGUGGAGGGUUUCCAAGUCAGGGAAGGGAUUGGACCACUGAAUUUAAGAAAAAACCAGCAUGUUGGUAUAUCUGUACAUGGACACCAAAAUGUCUAGAAAUUCAGAAAGAACCAGGAGUGGCCAUUACCAUACCACACUGUACCACAUAGAGAAGGCAAGAAGAACCAGAAAGGUUUCUGGGUGCUGAACACACAAGGAACUGCGUGAGAUAGUGGGGGCCGUGUGUGGCUUAGAGUAGGGAAGAGAUGAGACUGACCCCCACUCUCCCUUUUAGGGCGCAUUAUGGAACAGCACAUAGCCUUAUUUGUCGUGCCUGGGGGAAACGGUUAUACUAAUACAUAGGACACGCUUAAAAGAGUUCCAUGAGGCCUGGGCAUGGUGGCACACACCUUUAGUCCUAGUGCUCAGGGGGCAGAGGUAGGUGGAACUCUGUGAGUCUAAGGCCAGCCUGGUCUGCAUAGAAAGCUCCAGACCUGCAAGAGGAGUGUCUCAAAACACUGGGGGUUGGGGUGGCAUGUUUGUGGACAACCUGACUAAUCUCAGACAAAGGAACAACGCGGCAGCUUGCUCGUUUUUGUGUGUGUAUAGGCACGUGUCGAGUGUGUGCCAAGCUUCCUAUCACUCCAGGUACCCAGUGCUCACAGUGUGCAUCUGCACCCUCACUUUGGAAACAACUAGGUUAAUACCGCCUCCACUCACCGUUGGAACUUUGGAGCUGCAGUGAAUCCUCGCUUAACUUUAGUCCUAACUGUGGUGUUUAGUGUUUAUUUCAGAGGAUGGAGUUGUGUAGGUUUCUGGUAUGUGUGUGAUGUGUGCGGUGUUUUUACGUGGUGUGGGUAUAAGUACAUGUGUCUGUCAGUGCGCAUGCACUGAGGCCAGAGUAAGCUAUUGGCAUCCUGCUCCAUCACUGCCAGCCCUUAGUCCCUUAUUCACUGAAGCUGGAGCGAGGCUGAUAGCCAGUGAGCACAAAGAUACUCCUUUCUUGGUCCCACACACAGCUGGAGUUAAUGGCGUUUGAGGCCAAGCCUGCCCUUUUCAGGUUGCUGGGGAUUUGAACUCAGGUCCUCAAGCUUUCUUACCCACUGCACCAUCUCCCCAGACUAUGGUGUUUGGGUUUUCUUUCUCAUGCCCUGGUCAAUGCCAGAGGAAGGCUUUUCUGAGUUGUGUCUGUUCUAUCGUGUCUACACUGACUGUCUUGCGCCCUCAGAAUCUCAUGUGUGGCAAAUGUUCACUGAGGACACAGCGUCAUUCCCUCUCUGGGGCUUUCUACUAUCUCUGUACCCCUGAGUCAGGCCACGUCAUCCUGCCUGUGGGAUUCUUCUGCCUCACCACAGCUGGACUCUCUGCUCUCCUAGGGACCUCUAGACACUCACCCAGCAUCCAGUUCCGGAGAAAAUUGGAUCUGCCAGCAAAGAGGCCAAGGGAGGGAACAUGCCUGCUGACGUGGCUUUGUCCCAGGAGUCCCCGACACUGAGCCCACAGGUGCAGGAUGGGUCCUGUGAGAGAUUGGUGUCCUUUGAGGAUGUGACUGUGAACUUCAGCCAGGAGGAGUGGAGGCGCCUGGACUCUGCCCAGAGACGCCUGUACCAGGACGUGAUGCUGGAGAUCUACAGCCACCUCUUGGCAGUGGGGUACCCCAUUCCCAGCUCUGGGACCAUCUUCAGGAUAAAGAAAAGAAAGGAGACAUGGAUGGGAGAGGCUACGUUCCCAUAUCCGCCAUGUUGGUGUCAAGAAAACCGGUGGCAAGAUCCUGAGACCACAAAAAGAGAACAGCAAAACCAGACCCCACCCUGGAGCCCCAGGGCUUUCCUCAAGAAAAGGCAGAGCACAGGCAGAGAUUAUGAGUGUGAAGAGCCCGGAGAAACCAUUCCUUUGGUGUCCAACCUUAUUUCUACACAAAAGGGAGCUCCAAAGUUACUGACAAAAGGUUUGGAGCAUAACCUUGAAGCAAAUGGUGAAGAUCAAAGCAAUAUCACAAAACAGCUUAAUGAAGUUACGUAUGGUCAGGGCCUCAGGCAAGACUCUUCUAAUGUUAACCGUACAAUUCCUCAUGAAGGACAGAAUUCAUGCAGAGGUAACUGGUGCAGAAAAAUGCUCAUCCAUAAACAAACGCGUCGACAGCAGGAAGUUCAUUCUCAGGAGAAAGCAGACGAAUGCAGUGAAUGUGGGAAGGUCUUCUAUGACAUGUCUGCUUUCCGUGAACAUCAGGCAACUCACCCUGGAGAAAGACCUUUUGUCUGUCACAAGUGUGGGAAGGCCUUCCUCCAGAAGUCAGAGUUGACCGCCCAUCAAGAAGCUCACACAGGGAAACCUUAUGAGUGUCCCGACUGUGGGAAAUCAUUUAGUCGUACAUCCAACCUGCAGGUCCAUCAUCGAAUUCACACUGGAGAGAAACCUUACGAAUGCCGUGACUGUGGGAAAUCCUUCAAUAACACAUCCCAACUGAAGGUACAUUAUCGAACUCAUACAGGGGAGAGACCAUAUGUGUGUCCUGUGUGUGGAAAAGCCUUCAAGCAGAAGUCAAUCCUCAGCACUCACGAGACGAUUCAUACUGGGGAGAAGCCUUACAAAUGCACUGCUUGUGGGAAACUAUUUAGUUGUGCAUCCCGACUGAAAGUGCACUAUCAGACUCACAUGAAGGAGAAGCCGUAUGAGUGUGCUGACUGUGGAAAAGCCUUCAAGCGAAAGUCAAGUCUCACGGUUCACCAGAAAAUACAUAGUAGACAAAUACACCACGUAUGCGGCGAGUGCGGGAAGGCUUUCAAUCAGAAGUCAGAACUCAGCAUGCACCAGAGACUUCACCUGGGAAAGAGUACUCACAGAUGCAGCGACUGUGGGAAGUCAUUUACUUAUGCAUCCCAACUGAAGAUGCACCAUCGAGUUCACACGGGGGAGAAGCCUUACAAGUGCCGGGACUGUGGGAAAUCAUUUACUUACUCAUUCACGCUGAAUGUGCAUCGUCGAAUUCACAAAGUGGACAAGCCUCACAAGUGCAGUGUCUGUGGGAAAGCCUUGGCUUCUAAGUAUCAACUUGAAGAGCAUGCGCGAAUUCACACAGGAGAGAAGCCGUAUGUGUGCACUGAAUGUGGCAAGGGCUUCCAUGGUAGGUCAGGGUUCCUGAGACACCAGAUAACUCACACUAGGGAUAAACCUUUUGUCUGUCACAAAUGUGGGAAGGCCUUCUUUCAGCGGUCACAGUUGACAUCUCACCAGCAAACUCACACCGGAGAGAAGCCUUAUCAAUGCCGUUACUGUGGGAAAUCAUUCAGUCAUACAUCCCAACUGACAGUACAUCAUCGAAUCCACACAGGGGAGAGACCUUACAAAUGCAACUACUGUGGAAAGUCAUUCAGUAAUUCCUCCCAACUGAAAGAGCAUCUCCGAAUUCAUACUGGGGAGACACCUUACGCAUGUUCUGAAUGUGGGAAGGCCUUCAGCCGAAGAUCAUCCCUCAAUCUUCACACAAAAAUUCACACUGGAGAAAAACACCAUGUUUGUAGCGAGUGUGGGAAAGCCUUUAGUCAGAAGUCAGUACUUCGAACACAUCAGCGAAUACACACUGGGGAGAAGCCUUACGAAUGCAGUGACUGUGGGAAAGCCUUGGCUUCCAAGGGCCAACUCCGAGAUCACCAGAGAAUUCACACAGGCGAGAAACCCUAUGUUUGCACUGAAUGUGGGAAGGGUUUCUUUGGCAGGUCAUCUUUGCAUAGACAUCAGAUAACUCACACUAAGGAGAGACCUUUUAUCUGUCAAAAAUGUGGGAAAACCUUCGUCCAGAAGUCAGCAUUGACAUCACAUCAGCAAAUUCAUACAGGCGAGAAACCCUAUGUGUGCCCUGAAUGUGGGAAGGGCUUCUACAAUAAGUCAUCUUUGCCUAGGCAUCAGAUGACUCACACUAGGGGGAGAUCUUUUAUCUGUCAAAAAUGUGGGAAGGCAUUCCUCCAGAAGUCUGUGUUGAAAUGCCAUCAGCGGACUCACGCUUGCAAGAAACCGUAAGAAUGCCGUGGGAAAUAUGUUUCGUAAUACAUCCCACAGAAGGCCCAGCAUCCCACAGAAGGCCCAGCAUCCCACAGAAGGCCCAGCAUCACACUGAAGGCCCAGCAUCACACUGAAGGCCCACACUCACUGAAGGCCCAGCAUCACACUCACUGAAGGCCCAGCCCAGCAUCACACUGAAGGCCCAGCAUCACACUCAUUGAAGGCCCAGCAUCACACUCACUGAAGGCCCAGCAUCACACUCACUGAAGGCCCAGCAUCACACCCACUGAAGGCCCAGCAUCAUACUCACUGAAGGCCCAGCAUCACACUCACAUAGAAAUGCAGAGAGGGCGGGGAGUCAUCCAGCAGUGCAUCCCAACCGCAUUCACACUGGGGAAAGACCCCGCUGUGCUCUGAGUGUGGAAAGGCCUUCAACAGCAUGUCAGGUCACAGUAAAUACCAAGCAACUCAUACCAGACGCAGUUCUUACAGACUCAGUUUUUGUGUGAAAUACCUUUCAGAGAAAUCAGUUCAUAGUCCAUAAACAUAUUUCCAGGUGAGGUAUAAUCCUUAAAUUGCUUGAAGAAAAUGUUUUAAAAGAACUUAUUGUACAUUAUAGCUUCUGUAUGUUAAAAGAUCUAGAUAUACACUGCUUGUUUAUACACAUUAUUCAUGAGAGACAUUUGUAAUAUGAUUAUGGAUUUCAUCUUAGGAGGAAACCCUAAAGCAAUGGGCUGAGAAAAGUUUCUCUAUAGAAAAUUGCAAAAGACAUAUUGUUACCAGACCUUAGAAAAGUUUUGGGGAUUUUAUAUCAACAAUAUUCCUGUUUAUUGUGGGAUAAUAAUAUUUCUAUAAUGCAAGAAAGGAAAUAACAAGAUGAUGUUGUCUGUCAAAAGUAUGUCUAAGUGUAUAUGUAUGAUUGGAAUUUAUUUGUUUAUAUGACAUCAAUGUUUACAAAUAUAUUGCCUCAGACUAGUGGGGGUCUGACACAAAA